CCCGCGUGUCCGUGUCCGUGCGCGUGCCCGUGCUCGUUCCUGCGCACGGGGCGGGGCCGGGGGCAGCGCCCCCCCGGGCGCCUCGCCCCGCCCCCCCACGUCGCGAUGGCAACCGCCCCGGGCCCACGCAGCUCACGCGCGGCAGCGGAGCCCAGGCGGCCGGGGCCCCGCGCGCCCCCGCGGACACGGAGUCCUCGCGCGCGCACACGUCGGGGCACGCAACACCCCAGGCGUCCGGGGCGCGCACACGCACACGCACACGCACACGCGCGCCGCCCGACACGCGCAGGGAGCCCAGGCGGCCGAGGCACGCACGCACGCGCCCGCCGCCCCGCGCCGCCCCGCCCCGCCCCGCGCCCCUCCCGCGAGCACCGGCCGAGCGGGCGGCGGCGGCAGCGCGCAGCGGCCCCGAUCCCGACGCGGGGCCCGAUCCGGGCCGGCCCAUGGGCGCGCGGCGCUGCUAGGGCGGGCGGGAGCCCCCGGGCCGGGCCGGGGCUGACCCCCCCCCGCCGCCCCGGCCGAGGGACCCAGGCGUCCGGGCCAUGGCGUUCACCUUCGCCGCCUUCUGCUACAUGCUGACCCUCGUGCUGUGCGCCUCGCUCAUCUUCUUCGUCAUCUGGCACAUCAUCGCCUUCGACGAGCUCCGCACCGACUUCAAGAACCCGAUCGACCAGGGCAACCCCGCACGGGCCCGCGAGAGGUUGAAAAACAUCGAGCGGAUUUGCUGUCUCCUGAGGAAGCUGGUGGUGCCCGAGUACUCGAUCCACGGGCUUUUCUGCCUCAUGUUUCUCUGCGCGGCCGAGUGGGUGACGCUGGGACUCAACAUCCCCCUGCUCUUCUACCACCUGUGGAGGUACUUCCACCGCCCGGCGGACGGCUCGGAGGUGAUGUACGACGCCGUGUCCAUCAUGAACGCGGACAUCCUGAGCUACUGCCAGAAGGAGUCGUGGUGCAAACUGGCCUUUUACCUGGUCUCCUUCUUCUACUACCUGUACAGUAUGGUUUACACCCUGGUGAGUUUCUGAGGCCGGACCCGCCGCUCCCCGACGCCUGGGUUCGCCCCACCCCGCGCCGUCGGGACCGACCACAGGGGCUGCCGGGCGCCGAGGCUCCGCCCCUGCUGCUGUGAGGCCCCGCCCCAUGGACCUGGGGCUCCGCCCCCUGCGCCGGUGACUGGCGGGGGGCACCAGGGGGCGGGGCCGGGGUCGUUGUCUGUGUCCUGUGUGUCCAGUGGCUCAUGUCUGGGGGGCGGGGCCGGGGGAGGGGCAGAGCCCCCCCCGGACUGGUGUGGGUGGGGCGUGGGUGGGGGCGGGGCAGCAGAAGCCCCGCCCCCUGCAGGACACCCCAGAGCCCCCCCCACCCCCCCUCCUGGGGGCCUUUGUGUAUCAGAAACAUUUUUGGGGUGAAAACCCCCGAGUUUGUGGCUGAAUAAAAUACUUGCAAAAAAAGUACCAGGAACCCGGACAUGGGGCGGGGGAGGGGGGCAGCCGGGACGCCAGGCCCCCUCCAGCUCUGGGGCGGGAGCAGGGGCUGAGCGGACAUCUCCCCAGGCACGAGGCAGCUGCUGGGCGCGAAGCCCUUUGCUCCCGGUGGGGACGUUUCCAGGCUCAGCACGGAUCCGGGCCAGCCGGCCGGGGGCGGGUGCCGUCGAGGGGGGGAGCAGAGCCCAUUGCCCGGCGCGCUACAGGCGCGGUUUCCUCCUGGCCCGGCCCCCUCUGCCCCCAGCGGCUGUGGGCCCCGUGUCCUUGCCCUCCCCCAUAGUCCUGCCUUAAGGGUCAGGUCUCCAGCACUAAUGCCCCCCCUCCCCACACACACACACGGGCAGGGCCUGCGGGCCCGG